AUGUCAGAAGGCCUCUACUCAGAAGAACUGAGGGCAGUGCCUCAGGACCAGCGACUACGGUCGGAAAGUCAAUGGAGAGUCUGGAUCGGCCACAUACGCUCAGCAGCUAUCUCUGAAGAUGUGUGGGACUAUCUGAAUCCAGAUCUUGCAGAAGAGAGCGUACGACAGGUUCCCGAGGCCGCCCGAGAGCCUCAACCUAGCAGUAUUCGCGAAGAUGUGGAGGAUGAGUUUGAACUCACAGAGAAGGAAUUUACCCAGUGGACUCGACGCAUUCAAGCCUAUGAUAGGCGUGAGGCUCAACGGGUGCGCCUGCUGAAGGUGAUGGCACGCAUGAACAGCCUAAUCACACGUUCUCUCGCAACCGAGUAUCACUAUCUCACAGUCGAUGAGGUUUCGCCGUAUCAGAAGCUUGUCAGGCUAGCUCGUGAAUUCAAGCCAAAGCCAGAGACCCGGACCGAAGAGCUUCGAGCUGCGUGGAGGGCCAUGAUCAAACAACCAACGAAUAACGUCAAUACAGAUCACUGGCUCACUCAGUGGACGAGUCUAUAUGAGGAAGCAAAGUGUGCAGAUGUGCCUGAUGUGGUAUACAGUGUCAAAUACGCUAUUCGAGACUUCCUGCGCGCUAUUCAGCCUAUAGAUGACGUAUUCUGUACCACGUGGCAGGAGAAAAUCCUCAUACACGAUAUAUCCUUCCACGACGUUAUCUCCGCAUACCGAACACGCCGUAAGGCUCUUGGACAGUCAGCGAAGAAGGGAUCGUCGAAGGUUGCACUUGCCACGCUAGAUGGUCAGCAUGAGGCUAAACCUGGUCAAAAUAAGUCAAAGCCAGCGGAGAAAACGUACCGUACACGGUGCCCGUGUGGUAAUGGUGCCCAUACGUAUCAGCAGUGCUAUUAUCUCAACAAAUCGCAGAGGCCAGAAGGCUGGAACCCGAACGAAGCUGUAGAGAAGAAGAUCCCUGAAUUCAUCAAGAGGAUGAGCCCCCAGGACCAGGAAGCCAUCGCAAAGCUUACCAAGGUCGAAUCAGCUCAGUUUGCAGCCUCAGAAGAUCAGCAGUCGUCCGAACAGAUUAUCUCUAUGUUUUCGCAUAAUCUUGCGGUACAAGCGGCACAAGAGGGUGAUGAGUUUCCGCUAAAGGAUAGCUGGAUCGUCGAUACUGGCGCGAAUACUCACAUCAGCAACGAUCGUGACAGAUUCAUCUCAUUCACUCCUGCUGACUACACUGUCAUCACCGGAGACGCUUCUACAAGAAUCCAGGGCUUUGGAACGGUCAGACUGAACCUCACAGACCCCAAGACCGGAAAGAUCUCUAUCGGAGAGGUCUCGGACGUACGGUAUUCGCCAGGAUUCCACACGAACCUACUUUCGGCGUCGAGACUGAAGAGCAAGGGAUUCAUCAUGAAUAUCGAGUUACUGGCACUCGUUCGCCGCGGUCAGCCUAUUGCAAAGCUAGAGGAGAAAUGUGGGCUAUACGUACUCGAAUACCGGCCAAUUCCGGCUGGAUUCGCUACAAUCAAGCAUUCAGAAAAACCAUUAAUAUCCUCAGCCACCGCCGAGCGUUGGCAUCAACGCCUAGGUCAUAUGUAUGAUCAGCGUAUCGAGAAACUUGCAGAACUCGUUGAUGGAAUCAAGAUCAUUGGUCAGCAUGUCGAUGAUGCUGCCGGCAAUCCUGAGAGAUGUGAAGUCUGUCAAAUGACUAGCGCAAAGCGCCAAAUCUCGAGAAGAGCUCAUGGAACCAAGUACGGCAGAUAUGGUCGAAUUCACUUUGACCUUGUGCAGAUAGAGACAGCAUACAACGAUGAUAAGUGGAUGACACACUUCUACCUCGAAGGGAUACGCCUACAUGCCGCCUCAACACACCAGAAGAAGAGUGGUUGUCAGGAUGCAGUCAAGAAUUUUGUCGCGUUUGCAAUAACACAAUUGAAGUUGCCAAUUCGAGCCUUCCGCUAUGACAACGAGCGCGCUGCCGGCCGCACGGUAGAAGACUUCCUCCGUGAAUGUGGCUUCAUCGUGGAACACAGUGUGGUGGGCACACCAGAGAUGAACAGCUUCGGCUUGCCGAAGGCUCUCUGGCCAGAAGCUGUUAAAGCAGCUGUAUACAUCAUCAACAGAUCGCCCACUAAGCUUCCAAACGGUCAGUGGAUUAUUCCGUACGCUGAGGCAACAGGAAUCGAUCACAUGCAGCCAAAACAACGCAUCAACCUCUCAAAUCUGCGGUUAUACGGAUGCCGCGCUUACGUGCGCCGCCAAGAUAUUCCAAAGAGCCACAAGAUGGAGCCGCGCGCGGAUAUCGGAUAUCUAGUAGGCUACACAGCCUCGAACAUCUGGCGAGUGUGGUUUCCGCACAGAGGAGCCGUGCGAGAAGUCAGGGACGUAGUAUUCGACGAGAAUCUACGAUAUGACCCCAAAGAACUAGUAAAGCCACCCAUUAGCGACGUAAUCGAAGCUAUGCCAUGGGAAAUCGGUGAAGAUGAGCAUGAGGACAUCGAGCAGCUCACACAGCGUGUCAGCCAGCCAGAAACAAACGAGCCAGCUAGUGAAAGCACUCAGCAGUCACCAGAAGCUAUACCGGACGUUCAACGCCAAGAAAAUGCCUUUGAACCACCGAAAUCACCAGGCCAACCUCAGCAGACGGUCACGCCGUCUCUAACACCCUCGGCAGAGCCACAGCUUCUGCCGGCGCCUCAGGCGCAGCAACCAUCUCAAGGAGCAUUUCCCGGGGAUCGAGGGCCCGCACAACAUGCGACAGCACGUCCAAGAGCACCAAGAGAUAUUGUGGGAGAUGUAUCGGACCAAAACAUCGUCUCUGGAGCACGGAAGAGGAAACCAGUGGACCAGGCAUUUACCGCCGCGCUAGAAGAGCCAGAGGACUAUCAUGAAGGUGUGUUAGCAGCGUUCGCAACAGGACUAAACGCUCCUCACCUUCAUAACCUCGUGCACCGCGAUGAUCUGCCUUCAGAGCCUCAGAACUGGAAGGAAAUGAUCAAUCAUCAAUAUCACAAGGGAUUUCUUGCGGCUGCAGGCCUUGAAAUUGACACACUCACUCGUAAAAACACCUUCGAGGUAGUACAGCGUCCAACGGACCGCAGUAUUCAGAUCCUACCUCUCAAAUGGGUCUUCACCUACAAGUUUGAUAGCAAUGGGUUCCUGAGCAAGCUGAAAGCGAGACUAUGCGUGCGAGGAGAUCUCCAGCGGAUGACGGCAGAAGAAAAGUACUCAGCGACUCUCGCAGCGCGAACCGCGCGUGCUGUAUUCGCCCUAGUUGCUGCAUUCGAUCUGGACACAUAUCAAUAUGAUGCUGUCAACGCAUUCCUCAAUAGCCUACUAGAUGAGGUUGUAUACGUCUCAUUACCACCAGGGUUUGAGAAAGAUGGUAAGGCCAAGUGCUGGAAGCUUCUUAGAGCUCUAUACGGCCUACGAAAAUCUCCACGCCUAUGGCAACGAGAAGCGUCUAAGAUCUUCACAUCUCUAGGCUUGCAGGUAGUGCAGGAAGAUAUUUGCCUCUUCGCAGCGGACGGCAUCAUGGUGUUCUUCUAUGUUGACGAUAUCAUCAUUGUAAAUCAUUCUUCAAAGCAUGCAGCAGCCAAACAUCUGAGAGAAGAGCUCAACAGACACUGGGAGCUUCGAGAUAUGGGAGAGGCGCAGUGGUUCCUCGGGAUACGCAUUAUCCGUGACAGACAACAGAUGGCCCUAUGGCUCUGUCAGGAUUCAUAUAUAUCCUCGAUGGCUCACCGUUACCAUCUUACUGGAUCUCGCAGAUAUGAUACACCACUCCCUAGUACCCCACUCAAGCCAUUUGACGGCCAGGCGACGCCUCAACAGAUUCACGAGUACCAGGAGAAGGUUGGCUCAGCUCAAUAUGCAACGACGAUCACUAGACCGGACUCAGCGAAAGCGACGGCUACACUGGCUCAAUUCCUCACAAAUCCCGGUCCUCAGCACCUUGAUGCAAUCAAUAGAGUCAUCUCGUACCUUGACAGCACUCGGACAUCGGCGAUCGCGUACAGAGCGCGUGAUCGAUCACAGAAAAAUUGUCAGAUACCGGAGGCCGUUCAGUUCUUUAGUGACGCCUCAUUCGCUGAUAAUCCCGAUCGAAAAAGCUCUGAAGGAUACACAUGUAUGAUGUUUGGAGGACCUGUCGAUUGGAAAGCUGGCAAGCAGCGUACGGUGACUACCAGUACAACCGAAGCUGAGCUCCUUGCGGUUUCAGAAGCUGCCAGGACCGUGGCCAUGUGGAAACGGCUAUUCAAAGCAAUACGCUUUGAUCCUGAGCAUGAGCUAAACAUCAAAUGCGACAAUCAGCAGACUAUCGGGAUCCUCGAAAAAGAAACACCUCAACUGCGCACGAAGCUCCGUCAUGUUGACAUACACCAGCACUGGCUCCGGCAGGAGGUUCAGAGCAAGCGCAUCACCGUACACUGGGUGAAAACCGCCGAUAUGGUAGCUGAUGGUCUCACAAAGCUACUACCCCGCCAAAAGCAUCUCGAAUUCAUGCAAUCGAUGGGUAUGGAAAAUAUACGGCAACAUCUGGUGGUGGGCGAGGUCUAA